AUGUUUAGAAAAGCUAGAUAAAUAGAAACUCAUUCACUACACUAUUCCAUUAGUUAAAGCGAUAUUAAGAGAACUUCCUACUUUGCCAAUCUAUCCCAUAGAUACAGAUCCUAGUCGAUUGAUCUCAGCAAUCAAAAAAUCAAAUAACCCAUUUAGCAGACAAAAUCAAAAUCGAAACCAAGAAUGCAAAUCAAUCCAGUAAAAUUCCAGAUCUUUAAAUCAAACAAGCCACUUACAGAGUUCAAAGAAUUCAAAUUAAGAACGGCUGACAGAUGCAAAAGCAGAGAAAAAGUGAGGAUAAGAGAGCAGAAUAAAGAGAAUAAAGAAAAUAUAUUUAUUUAAUAUAAUAAAAAACUAUGA